GAAGCCCGCAAACAAGCUGAGCAGAGCUGAGCGCAGCAUACAGCCCUGUGUGGCCUGGGAGCCCCAGUGGCGCUGGUGUAGUGAUUGGUAGGGUCACUGUUCACCCAUGGGAAUGCCCAAACCCUGUGCGCCUCGGAAUAUUUUUUUUGCACCUGCGUAGGAUAAAGGGAGGUUAGGACAGUGCUCCAUUGAUAAACAUUAAUGCAUUGUACAAAGGCAAAAUAUUUAUGAAUCAGUUUUCCAUCAAGCAUGGAUAGGAAAAGCAACUCAAGGCGCGCAACUUCUGCUGGAUACCGCAUAGCAGAGCGACCCAGUGUUGCUUUGACAUCGCAGUCCUCCGUGUCUAUAUUCAGGCAUCCACCGGAUAGGACACGGAACACCGGAGGCGGUGAGGCAUCAGCACAGGACGAGGAGACACGAGACCCGGUCAAACAGGAUCAAAUAUGGAGAGAAUUUGUCCGUGCGGAGAGGAUGGGGGUGAAAGAGUGGGAACAGAACUGGGGCUUUCUGAAGAACUUUGACCAGCUGGGUCGCCCCAGGACACAGUCCUCUCUGCCCGGCUACGUGCCUGUGUACUCUGACUGCCUGCCUAACACCACAAACCAGAUGUUUGGGAGUCGCUUGCGUACGGAGCUCGGCAAGGAGCUCAUGCGGAUGGACAAACUGUUACUACUGACAGGCAGCCAUGGCAAAACCAAACAAAGCUCGGAGAUGCAGCCCUGCUGAGAUCCUGUCACUCUGCCACCAUCAAGGCCACCACACUACCACACUCCUCUGGCAUGGAGAAUGAAGAAUACAAUCAAGGGUGUGAUGUUGCAAUGCACAUUCAGAUGUUAUGGGUAGAAUGUUUGGAUGUUGUGCACCCAAAAUGGCACAUGGCUGUCAGUGCAAGAGCGAGUUAUGGCCUAUUGUGGCAUUAAGCCUACAACAGAGGAGCAAAAUACAGUAGGCCAUAUGUUUACUCAAAGCAAUGAGCUGUUUAUUGUAGUCUUAAUGUUUUCCAAUGAAUAUCCAUUUAGGCCCUAAUUUAAUUUACCCCUUUGAAAUUGGAUGCCCUUUUAUCAGCCUAUCUAAGAUGACUACUGUAUGGCAUAUCAAAGGUGAAACGAGGUGAACUACUAGAAGUUAAAAACUAUAUGAGUUUAUGUCUGAGCUAAAAGCCAAUCAAAUUGUCCACUGUCAACAUGAUGUGUGUCAAUUAUUAGGGAGGAAAUGAAAUGUAUCCAGUUUGCAAGUGGCUAGUGGGCCAUGUGAUUUUUGUUGAGAUGGUGAACUUUGUGAUGAGGAUUUCUAUUUAUAUAAACAAUGAACUAAUUUUUAGAAGU